AUGUUGCUCUACAGCAUGAUGCCACCCAUGCCGAUGUACGCAUGGGUGAAUACGUGGGGCAUGAAGGGCAAGGGCAAAGUCAAAGGCAAGCUUCUGAAAGUGGACGACUCCUUGAAGGUGUGGCUCGGCAACGUUCCAGAGAGCAUCCGCUGGAAGGAGCUCCGGGAACACAUUGACCAGCACGUGAAGAGCAAGUGGGUCGAGACCUUCCAUGGCAAGGGCAAAGGAACUGCAGCCAUCGUGUUUGCCAGCGCUGACGAGGCCUCCCGCGCUAUCCACCUCCUGAACAGGAGCACUAUUCGUGGACACUCCUUGGUGGCGGACAGGUGGGUGCCCAGGGCGAAGGACCUCAUCCACGAGCAUGUCCUGUACAACCUCCACAAGAAUGCCGACGUGUCGCAGAAGGUGCAGCAGGUCACGCAAGGGGUGUACCUCCUGGGUCAUGAGGCACACGCAAAGAAUCGUGAUGACGGCUCACUGUCCAUCUGGCAGAAAGGUGAACAUCGACUGGAGGCACUCCCGCGAACCUGGGAAGCCUGGGCCGCGGCCGUAGCCGUAGUGGCCGAUAAAGUCGUGGUCUUGAGAUGGCUGAGCGAACUUGCCCGAGGCAUCCAGCUGGCGAGACGCCAGAGCCAUGCCGAAGCCUCAGACCCACAGCGCCUCUGUGACGCCCGCCAUCGACAUGCUGUUGCGAUGCUGCAAUGA